AUGGAAGCAAACAAAGUGCAUUUUAGGCAUUUAAUGCUUUUCUUUUACCGGAAAGGCAAAAAUGCUACACAAGCGACAAACAAGAUAUGCGCUGUUUAUGGCGAAGGUGCUGUAGCUGAAAGAACUGUGCGGAAGUGGUUUGCUAGGUUUAAAGCUGGUGAUUUCAGUCUUGAAGAUCAAGAACGCCUGGGUAGGCCUUCCACCACAGAUGAAGAUCAGAUUAAAACAAUGAUCGAGAAUAACCCACAUCAUACGACGCGUAAAUUCGGAGAAAUGUUAAACAUAUCAAAAUCGACCAUCCACGAGCAUUUUGUAAAGCUUGGCUACGUAAACUGGUUUGACGUAUGGGUUCCGCACGAUUUAACGGAGAAAAACCUGAUGGAUUGCAUUUCCAUUUGCGACUCUCUCUAUAAACGAAACGAGGAGACACCGUUUUUGAAGCAACUAGUGACGGGAGAUGAAAAUGGAUAA